AGCAGGCCCAAGGCCCAGUCCACCACACCCAAUACGACUCCAUGUACGGGCAGAUGACAAACACCACUCCGCAUAGUGCGAGCGCCUGGGAAAGCUGCGUGGCGGCGGCGGCGACGACGAGCUUCGAAGGAAACUCCGCUGGUGCGCCGUGGUGGAGUUCGUAGGAGAGGAGCGGUGUCCCCUGGCACGGGGUGCCCUACAGCCGCCACCGUUCCGCGCCGACGCCUGACACCCCAAACUGCCAACUCCACCCAGCGCCUCUCACGCACGCCGCCUCCAUCGCCGUCACUCCCUCACCUCGCGUUGCAGCCGCCGCACACCUUCUCCUCUGCUAUUCGAGCACCGUGGCCCGCCGCCGGUGCAGAAGAAGGAGACAGCUGCCGCGGCGCUGCCCGCCGCCUGCCUCUUAAAUCUCCCUCCCGGCCUCCCCUCGCGGUGAAGCAAGCAAGUGCAGGUCCUGAAGCAGACUUCCGCCGCCUGCCUUCACGCCUCCCCAGUUCUUCAAGUGUCUCAGUCUUGCCUGAAAUAUCGCAUCUCCUGGUGAAAUGACAGGAAAUAGUAUGCUGUGCCUUCAACGUUUUCCUAGUAAAAUGGGAGAGCAAAGACUUGGAUUCAUCUCUGCAAGAAAUCCUUGGUUUGGAAGGUCAAGAAUGUUUCGACACUGCUUGGACCUACGGCAUCUUUGCAGGUUACCUAACCAGAUAGUCACUCUUCCAAAUUACCGACCAAAGCAUGCUCCCAGUGCUGCAGUAUACAGGGGUGUUAGUAGUCCAUUAACAGAGGAAUUUGUUGAUGAGGUGGGAUCAAGAUCAAGGAUUAUUCACUUUUACCGUAAACCAUUUCUUCAAGAGAGUGAGACUGAGGAAUUACUCAGGAAAGUGCAGGCAAAGGUUUCUUGUAACGUUAUUGACAUAAAGACCGAGCAAUGUUUCAAUGUUGAAUUGGAGAGGGCCCUGGCAUCUGAGAAGCUUGCAACACUUCAGUGGCUUCUAGCGGAAACUUAUGAACCUGAUAAUUUACAAACAAGGAGCUUUCUUGAAGAGGAAGUUGCUAGCGGUCCUUAUUCUGUUCUUGUCGAGGUAGGGCCACGGAUGACAUUUUCAACAGCUUUCUCGACCAAUGCUGUCUCAAUUUGUAAAGCCCUAUCGUUAAUGGAAGUAACUCGCUUGGAGAGAUCUCGAAGAUAUCUUUUGUGCCUUCAGCCUGGCGGUGGAGCACUUGAUGAAAGCCAACUCAACAGCUUUGCUGCUUUAAUUCAUGACAGAAUGACAGAGUGUGUUUAUCCUAGCAAGCUCACAUCAUUUUGGUCAGAUGUAGUUCCUGAACCUGUCAGUGUUAUACCAGUUAUUGAAAAGGGAAGGGAAGCAUUGGAAGAAAUAAAUAUGAGAAUGGGGCUUGCUUUUGAUGAACAAGAUAUUAAAUACUACACCCACCUCUUCAGAGACGACAUCAAGCGCAAUCCAACUACCGUGGAACUUUUCGAUAUAGCACAAUCCAAUAGUGAGCACAGCAGGCAUUGGUUUUUUAAUGGAAAGCUUGUGAUAGAUGGAGAAACGAUGGCUAGUACUUUGUUCCAGUUAGUAAAGAGCCCCUUGAAGGCGAACCCUAAUAACUCCGUCAUCGGUUUCAAGGAUAACUCAAGUGCAAUAAGAGGACACACGGUAAAUCAUCUCCGUCCAGCACUACCAGGCUCAACUUCACCGCUAUCCCUUAUGAUGCGUGAGCUUGACAUUUUGUUCACAGCUGAAACCCAUAACUUUCCAUGUGCUGUGGCACCUUAUCCGGGAGCUGAAACAGGCGCAGGUGGUCGCAUAAGAGACACACAUGCCACUGGAAGGGGUUCUUUUGUCGUUGCUUCCACAGCUGGUUAUUGUGUUGGAAAUCUUCAAAUGGAAGAAUCAUAUGCACCUUGGGAGGAUUCAUCCUUUGCAUACCCAUCGAACUUAGCUUCUCCUUUGCAGAUUCUUAUUGAUGCUAGUGAUGGUGCUUCUGACUAUGGUAACAAGUUUGGUGAGCCACUGAUUCAGGGAUUUACAAGAAGCUUUGGUAUGAGGUUGCCAAAUGGGGAACGUCGUGAGUGGUUAAAGCCAAUAAUGUUCAGCGGAGCAAUAGGCCAGAUUGAUCAUGCACAUAUAACGAAGGGGGAUCCAGAAAUUGGCAUGCUAGUUGUGAAGAUUGGUGGUCCAGCAUAUAGAAUUGGGAUGGGUGGUGGUGCUGCCUCGAGUAUGGUUAGUGGACAGAAUGAUGCAGAGCUUGAUUUCAAUGCAGUGCAGCGUGGAGAUGCUGAGAUGUCACAUAAAUUGUAUCGUGUGAUCAGGGCAUGCAUUGAAAUGGGAGAGAAGAACCCAAUUAUCAGCAUUCAUGACCAGGGAGCCGGUGGAAAUUGCAAUGUUGUGAAAGAAAUAAUCUAUCCUAAGGGUGCUGAAAUUGAUAUCCGCUCAAUUGUUGUUGGUGAUCAUACAUUAUCUGUCUUGGAGAUCUGGGGUGCUGAAUACCAGGAACAAGAUGCAUUAUUGGUGAAGCCUGAUAGCAGAAGCCUGCUGGAGGCACUUUGUGAGAGAGAAAGAGUAUCUAUGGCUGUACUUGGGGAAAUUGAUGGCAGUGGAAAGAUAGUUUUGAUUGACAGUGCUGCUGUGGAGCAUGCCAAGUCAUAUGGCCUUCUUCCUCCUCGCCCUGUUGUUGAUCUUCAGCUUGAAAAGGUUUUAGGAGAUAUGCCUCAGAAGACCUUUGAAUUCAACCGGGUUUCUCGAUUGGGUGAGCCUUUAGAUAUUGCACCUGAGGUCACACUAAUGGAUAUUCUUAAGCGAGUAUUGAAGCUUCCUUCUGUAUGUUCAAAGCGUUUCUUGACCACAAAGGUUGAUAGGUGUGUGACAGGUCUUGUUGCGCAACAACAGACAGUUGGUCCUCUCCAACUUCCACUUGCUGAUGUCGCUGUAAUUGCGCAAACAUACACAGAUCUGACAGGUGGUGCUUGUGCCAUUGGAGAACAACCAAUGAAGGGUUUACUUAAUCCCCAGGCAAUGGCAAGGCUUGCUGUCGGGGAGGCCUUGACCAAUCUGGUUUGGGCCAAAGUUUCAUCACUUUCUGAUGUCAAAGCAAGUGGUAACUGGAUGUAUGCUGCAAAGCUUGACGGAGAAGGAGCAGAUAUGUAUGAUGCUGCUGUUGCGUUGGCUGACUGCAUGAUUGAACUUGGUAUCGCAAUUGAUGGUGGAAAGGACAGCCUUUCUAUGGCAGCUCAAUGUGAUGGCGAGGUAGUCAAGGCUCCUGGAAAUCUUGUCAUCAGUGCUUAUGUGACAUGCCCUGAUAUAACUUUGACGGUUACUCCUGAUUUAAAGCUUGGAAAGGAUGGUGUCUUGUUGCACAUUGACCUGGCUAAAGGAAAACGUCGACUUGGCUGUUCUGCUCUCACACAGGUGUUUGACCAAAUUGGAAAUGACUGCCCAGAUAUAGAAGAUGUUCCGUACCUGAAGAUAGUAUUUGAGACUGUUCAGGAAUUGCUCAGUGAACGUCUUAUUUCUGCUGGUCAUGACAUUAGUGAUGGUGGGCUUAUUGUUACUAUUUUUGAGAUGGCAUUUGCUGGCAAUUGUGGUGUUAACCUCAACAUAGACUUAAAGGGAAAUAGCCUUCUUCAAGCACUUUUUGCUGAGGAGCUUGGCCUUGUUGUUGAAGUGCACUCAGAUGACCUUGAUUCUGUAAAGCAAAAGCUUCAAGCAGCAGGUGUUUCUGUUCAUGUAAUUGGAGAAGUAAAUGCAACAUCAGAGAUAGAGCUGGUUGUUGACGGGGAGGUGCGUCUGAAGGAAAGCAUUUUAGACCUCAGAGAUUUGUGGGAAGAAACAAGCUUCCAGCUUGAGGAGCUGCAGCGGCUGAAGUCUUGUGUGAACCUUGAGAAAGAAGGUUUGAAGAGUCGAACAUCACCUUCAUGGCAUUUGUCUUUCGCUCCCAAAUUCACAAACAAGAAGCUAUUGACUGCAUCCUCCAAACCAAAGGUUGCCAUUAUUCGUGAAGAAGGGAGCAACAGUGAUAGGGAAAUGUCUGCUGCAUUCCUUGCUGCUGGCUUUGAACCAUGGGACAUUUCAAUGUCAGACCUAUUGAAUCAGGAGGCCUCUUUGACUGAAUUCCAUGGGAUUGCAUUUGUUGGUGGUUUUAGCUAUGCUGACAUUCUAGAUUCAGCAAAAGGCUGGGCAGCGUCUAUCAGGUUCAACCAGCCCCUCAUACAGCAGUUCCAGGAGUUCUACAAUAGGCCAGACACGUUUAGCCUUGGGGUGUGCAACGGGUGUCAGCUCAUGGCUCUUCUUGGCUGGGUGCCAGGACCAGAUAUUGGCGGUUCCCUUGGUAAAGGUGGAGACAUCUCACAGCCAAGGUUCAUUCACAAUGAAUCUGGCCGUUUUGAGUGCCGAUUUACCAGUGUGGCUAUAGGGGAUUCUCCUUCUAUAAUGUUCAGAGGUAUGGAAGGCUCUACCUUGGGCAUUUGGGCUGCUCAUGGUGAAGGGAGAGCCUUGUUCCCAGAUGAAAAUGUUUUAUCUGGUGUCAUUAACUCUAAUCUGGCCCCUCUGCGAUACUGCGAUGAUGCUAAUAACGCCACAGAGGUCUAUCCCUUCAACCCUAAUGGUUCUCCGCUUGGUAUCGCCGCCCUCUGCUCUCCUAAUGGAAGGCACCUUGCUAUGAUGCCACAUCCAGAGCGUACUUUCAUGAUGUGGCAAUAUCCCUGGUAUCCCAAGGAAUGGCAGGUUGAGAGGGGUGGUCCGAGUCCAUGGUUGCGCAUGUUCCAGAAUGCACGAGAAUGGUGUUCAUAGAGCAGAGCAAAACUGGUGUUCGCUGGUGUUGAUCUUUUCUUGCUCGCCUGCACGUAUGAGGAUGAACAUGUUUCCUUUCGGAGUUGAGCAUGGAUUACCCCACAAUCGCUCUUUAGAUGGUAGAGCUCCUAUCACCAUGAUUUGAAGCAUCAGUAUGGUUAUUCUUGAACUGCUGUGGCCAGUAUUGUGCGAUUCUAAGAGUUGCCGACGUUGUGCUGUGAUAGUCGGACAGAUAAUUCUUCCAUAUACAGGAGUUGAUGUCCUAUUAACUUUCUACCUCGUUAAAACUUGUGUGGACGUGCAGUUCUUGUAUGGCAUAGCCAUUAUUUUUUGUUCCUUCUAUUAUUUAUCAGAUGUCAAGAACAAGCUCCUGAAAUCCCAGAACAUCUUGAAUGAAAAUCUUGAAUGUGCGUUUCUGAAUACAAUUUAUAAUCUU